UCAAGUGCCCGAGAGAAGUCUUCGUUCCGUUUGCUCAGUCCGCGGAAGAACAGACAAAAGAGCGUUCAGAUCCAAAGAAGCAACAAGCCUUUUCCGCUGAGAGCUCAGAAUCUUCGUAAGCUAGACAACAGAUCCCAGUUAAGCGAAGCAGUUCGCGGGUCGUCGGUAGCUUCAGCGCCCGGCGCCCGGCGAGCAGCUACGGCAGCUAGCAGGCUCCCUCCUCCAUUAAUUGGUGGUUGGUGCUACCUUUUUCUUCGUUUAGUUUUCAGCCUGAGAAUGAUGGGUGGAGGGCUAAUAAACACCUGGAAGAAAUGGGAGAUCCAAGUACUGGUGCUCCUUAGCUUCACGCUGCAGCUCAUCCUCCUGGCGUUCGCAAGGAUCCGCCGCCGCAAAGGCUCCGCUCCGCUGAGGGUCCUCCUCUGGUUGGCCUACCUCAUGGCCGACUCCACAGCCAUCUACACCCUCGGCCACCUCUCCCUCCGCGCCAGUUCAGGCGAGAAGCAGGUCGUCGCGCUCUGGGCGCCCUUGCUGCUCCUGCACCUCGGCGGCCCGGACACCAUCACGGCCUACGCCUUCGAGGACAACCAGCUCUGGCUGCGCCAUCUGCUGAACCUCGCGGUGCAGGCCAUGGGGGCAGCCUAUGUCCUGUACCAGUCUGUGGCUACCCAAACCCACCAGAGGGCCUUGGUCACCGCCUCCAUGCUGAUGUUCGUCACCGGCCUUGUCAAGUACGGGGAGAGGACAUGGGCGCUGAAGCGUGCUAACAUCGACAGCAUCCGAGGCGGUCUCGAUCUGCAGGACGACAGAGACCGUCGCCAGCCGUACGAUGGGAGGGCUGGAACGGCGGAGCUGGAGCUGGACUCGGAGGAGGUUCUGCUGGGCGCUCACUACGUGUUCAACGCCUGCAAGAGCUUCUUCACCGACGACCUGAUCACGUCGGGAGCAGAGCGCGAAGCUAUCAGCAGGGGCAUACAGUUCAAUGGCGGCAGCAGCCGCGGCCAUGGUGGACCUGGUGGUUACAGCAGAGUCGAUGUCGUCGUCACUUACGUUCUCCUGGCCGGGGCCUUCGUCCUGGAAAUCGCGUCGUUGGUCAGGGUGCUAGGGUCUUCCUGGGCAUGCGCCUUCUUGCACGCUCGCAGAUGGGACCGGAUCCAUGGCGCAGUCCGGUGCCUUCGUCUGCUCGUCCGGGCCGCGAGGAGCCGAAGGUGGCUGGACUCGGUUGGGCAGUACAACCUCCUGGACUUCUGCACUCGUGACAGGACGGAGAUAAGGAGCUGGGUCGCCAAGAAAGUGGGGCUGGAGAAGUGGUGGGACAAGCUCCAUUACUCGGGCACCGUCAGCAUUUCAGACAGCUUCAGGGACCUCCUGCUGGAAGAGAUACCGAGGAGGCAGCUAGGCGACAUGAGGGACGCGCGGGGCCGGUGGACGCUCCAGCAAAUAACUUACCCACCGGGGAGCAGCGGCAGAUUAUACGAUGAGAUCAGCUGGAGCGUCAACGAAACGGACUUCGACCAGAGCAUCCUCAUCUGGCAUGUCGCCAUCGACGUCUACCUCUGCUGCCGCCGCAAACCAGGGCUGGCCGCGGCCGCGGCCGCGGAGGACCGCCUAGCCAAAGCCGUCAAGGAGCUCUCCGACUACAUGUUCUUCCUCUUCGUCGUCCAGCCCCACAUGCUUCCGGGCCCGGUUCGGAGCACCCGGUACGACAACAACUGCGAUGGCCUGGUCGCGCUCUGGCAACGGCUCUCAGCCGACCACGACAGCAUGGACCCUACGCUGACACCAAGGGAAAACCUAGCUAGACUGCUUUACCGCGAGUAUAGAGACAAGGACGACGACGACCCCGACCCCGACUCUGACGGUCGCCGUGCUAGUCCAGCCGCAGCAGACUUUUCCGUUCAGAUGACGAUGGAGGAGGAAGAUAACAACCCCCAUGGCCUGGCUUACAUCGACGCGGCCGGGCUCACCGGACUGCUCCUCAGCGAGCGCUCGGGUAUACCCGACGUGCUGGAAAUGAUCGCCGGAGUGUGGGUCGAGAUGCUGUGCUACGCCGCGCGCCACUGCACCGAGGUUUCCCACGCCAAGCAGCUGAGCAGCGGUGGCGAACUGGUGACUGCGAUGGGGAUGCUGGUGGAAUACACCGCCAGGUAUGACCUCCAUCCUCAUGGUCGUCUUGGAUCAGAGGAUGAUUCGUCUAUGGAGAAUGGAGAACCUAGCGGAGCGCCGGCUGAGGUAUCUGUCGUCGAUAUCGACAGUAUCAGUGAAGGUACCGGAGGUGAAAUAUGCGAGGAGUAUAUAUAAAUGUGACAUUUGAUUCGAUGCAUGCCGCUGUGUCAGUGUAUCUAUCACUAUGUAUAUAAUCGUCACUUCAUAAGGCGGUCAUUUAAUUUUCAACCGUGCAAGAUUUUCUAA